GUCAACGGCAGAGGGUGAUAGUAAAAGAUUUGGAACAAAAACUUUGCUCUUUUUAAAUCAGUUAUAUAACAUUUACUAGAAUUUUAUAAGGAAUGAAAUUAAGUAAUUGCACGUUAAAUCGAAUAACUAAAAAUAUAGACUUUUAAAAACUUUUUUUCCUUGAGAAAUAAAAUUUUAAGUUCCAUUUAAGAGAGGAAACAUUUAAAGAAUAAAAAUUAAAACUAUUAGUUUAUAAGGCGAACAGUGGAAGAAGUUCUGGUUAAUAAAAUGACCUUCAUAAGAAUUCUGCCAUUCAUAAGAAAUUCUUAAGAGGGAAGCGCUUUCCGCAAUGUGGUGUGUGCUCCUGCUCCUGUGCGUAGCUUCAUCCGCUCCGGAGAGUACUUGGCCGGUGGAAGAUCGGAUUCUGCAGCUCCGUACUGCAACUUCCAGACCAGAGUCUCCCCCUUCGUACAUGCUGCACUUGUACAACAGGUACAGAAAAGGACGCAUGCCGUACAGUGCAGCGAAUACAGUCAGAAGUUUCUUUCCCACUCCAGGAAGACUUGGAAACGAUGAUAUUUUAGUAUUCAAUUUAACCGGUGUCCAUCCAACAGAAUACGUGGAACGUGUGGAUUUGCAUUUGCAGUCAAAGAAUGCUUUCAGACAAGGUGUCCGUCAAGAUCUCAAGAAAAUAGCUAUGGCCAUCGAGGUACUGGACUUAAGUCGCCCACUCAGGCCCAAAAUAGAGACUAUUCCUUUGUCUCGCAUGCAGUCUACUGGAUGGCAGACACUGGAUCUUACGGAUAGCAUCAUUGCUUGUUUGGAAGGCGAAGCUGAACAACAUCAUCUGGUGGGUAUUGCUGUGAAAGGCCCAGAAAAUGUGGACAUAGAUGAAAUGCUUUCCCAACCUUUUCUGGUGCUUUUUUCUGAAGACGAUGAUCAUUUGGAUAUUCAAGAACUGGACAGAGGAAGAAAGGACGCCCGUCUUAAAAGAGAGAUUCUGGACAAUGAACUACCUGAUUACCCGUCAGAAAAUGUCGAUGGAUCACUUCUGGAAGUGCAAGCGCGGCUAAAAUAUAAACCUUUAGAUUCGACAAUCGUUCCACGCCCAGAAGCCAGAAAGGUCUCCAAAUCAGACAUGGAGAAACACAGGAAAAGACGGCGACGAAGGAGGAGAAAAGAUAGGCGCCUUCCUUAUGCUUGGGGUAAAGGCUGGUGGAGAAUGAAUGACUUGAAAUCUGGACCAGGCGAUGAAGGGGAUGAAGAAGAUGAUGACGACGAUGAUGAAGAUAAUGAUCAGCUUAUUUGUCAGAAAAGAAAAAUGAUUGUAAGCUUCACGGACAUUGGAUGGGGUGACUGGAUCAUAUCUCCUAAAACAUUCGAUGCAUCUUACUGCUCUGGAGUGUGUCCUCACCCACUGAAGAAGAGCGUUCAGUCUUCUAACCAUGCCACCAUACAGAGCCUUGUCCAGUCUCUUGGCUUGAAGAAAGGAGUUCCAGGAUUGUGCUGCGUUCCUAAUUCGCUCUCUCCGGUAUCACUUCUCUACUAUGAUCAAAACAGAAAUGUAGUCCUGAAAAGCUACCCUAACAUGAGUGUCGAGAGUUGCUCAUGUCGUUAAGUACAUGUUCAGCAUCGUUUUUAACACUUUUACCCGCAUCAUAUGAAUGUUAAUGUAUUACCACAUGUUCGAACUCCUGAUGUAACUACUUUCGUGUAUAUUACAAAAAAUACUGUAUAAAAUUAUCAUCUGAAUUUGUGUUGCAUAGAUUACUAUUAUGAUGUAACAUAAAUUUCGUUAUUUUUAGUGAUGGUAAGGAUACUGUAGGGACUCCUCUGAAUUAAGUUAUCAAUGUUUGGAUAGACGUGGAAACAUUUCGGCUGUUUUAAAUACUUCGAAUAGUGAAAAGUUGAUGAAGGCUGAGGAGAAGUAAAAGAGCAAAUUAUAUUGCAAAAUGUUUUUAAAUUUUGUAUAAAAUCUUUGGUGGCUAUGCUUCUGAAAAAUAAACCCUUAAGUUUACUUUAGAUAUUCGAAACUGGUUUUAAAUUGCAACACAGAAUCCAGAUAGGAGGCAAAAAAUGAAUUACUUAUACUAUAGUUAACGUUUCCAAAUUUAUUUAUUUAUUUAUUUAUUUAUUUCUGUGUUUGUAUGUCUAAAGAGAUGCUCAAUUAAGGAUAAUAUACGUUUCAUCUGUACUUAAGUCUUCAGCAAUAAAUUUUACAUAUGCAGCAUAAUAAAUUAAAUGAUAAUUCAGAAUGCAAAAUAACUAAUUGUCCAAACAAAGAAAGGUAACUGUAACUAAUUCUCUAAACAAAGAAAGGUAACUGUAACUAAUUAGUCAUAUAAUAUCCCAUGCAGAACAAAAAUGAUUUACAGGUAUAAAAAUGAUUUCAGUAUGCUAUAAUUUACCACAACGAAAUAUGAUGUACAACAAUACAUACUUGGGACAAAAUUAUCGAGCUUUACUCGAGUUAUGAAUGUUGCUCUAGCAUUUGCAGGUUCAAAGAUAUCUUGGAGAACAAUGACCUGGAGAAAGACGUUCCCCGAAUACAUAUGGUCUGUGGGAUUUAAAGCGCUUAGGAAAACUGGACACCGUAUAAGGAUGAUAUACCCUCUUUUUAAGUAUUUUCUACAUUAAUGUCCAAAAUUAAGCUUACAAAAAUAAAAUAUGUGAUACCUCUAAAAAUAUUUGGUUUAUCAUAAUGGACGUUUGCCCAUUAUUAUGUAACAAAAAAUAGUGACAUAACAAAAUAAAAGGGCGUAAAUGUUUUAUGAUAUGUAAAUGAAACUAAAAUGGUUGAAACAUAACACCACCUCAUAUUUCCAGAAUGACCAGGUUUAAAGCGUGUUCCCAUCCCGCGCAACUUUACAUGCCUUACAAGGUAUAGUUCAACCGCUUCAUCCGCGACCAUGAGCGCAAACACGCAUGCGCCAUUCGGACCGAAUUAUUCUCAAAAUAGGGUGGAAGGAUGGGGACUUUCUUUCCCUCCAGUAUAGCUCUUUCCAGAGAAGAGAAGACCUUUCACGUCACAGCAAGUAAUACCAUCCCUUUUGCCCGAGUCUGUGUUUUGGCAGAAUGCCAAACAGGGUUGCGCUUCAGACGGUCGAACUACCUAUAUUGCAAAUUUUAUACCCCUAUAUUGCAAAUGAGGUUGCUAAUCAUAGCUUGUAGUAAUAAAUGCUUUUCUUAUAAAAGUGAGGAUUUUAACGCCUGAAGAAUCCUCAAAAGGUUUCAGGAAGUGUUAUGGCUCUUCCUAAAGCAUGCCAAAGUUGCAGUUAGUCCUGGACCUUUAAAAGCCACAACUAUGUCCCAAAUACCCUCUUCCUCCAGAAAAUCAGCGAUCAGUUUGAGCUUUGUGUGGCCUCCUUUUAACGUCUAUAAAAAUAAAGGCUUCUCCAAUAGCUCCUUGGAAAAGACUUAUAUAAGGUUCAAGAAUCUUGUCCCAACAACGCUUUGCAGUUAAGUGUCCUCGUUGAAAACAUGCAGUGACGUGCAACCGCCCGACAUGUACCCCUUCGCUCAAGGAUUACGCUUCCAUAGUGGUCAAUUUCUGUCAUGUUGAAGGGAUAACAGUAUGCAGCAGGCUUUCUUCAGGUGACAAGCUGGGGAAAAUUAAUCUGGGUGCUAAAUCUCGAAGAGUCACUGAAGAUGUCAUUUAGUAUGUAAGACGGUUGUACAAACAUCUUACAUACUAAAUGAAUAUGACUCAACAAGUGCUUUUCUUCCAGCAAGUGCCGCAUUGUUUUGGUUGUAAAACUCCCCCCCCUUUUUUUUAAUUCAUCAUAUUGUAGAGACAUCAGGUUAAUUUGGAAGCAGGCAAGAUGAAAAAAUUAGCAACCGCCUUCGCCGGGAAUCGAACCACAGAGCUCUGGAAUACCGGCCCAGCGUGCAGAACCACUACACCACGAAGGCACGUUAGAAAAGCGGGAGAAAUACCUUAUAAUAUAUUUAACGUGAUAUGUGUUAAGCUCUUAUCUCAUCAUUGGAGCAAAUCAUAACUCUGGAAUACUUCAGAAAACGGUAUAGAACAUUUCACAUGGAAAAUCACCUUCUGUAGGGCAACAUUUGACGUGAUUUGUGAUUAUCCUUAAUUCUUGUGCACGAAAGCAUGUUCAAAAUAUUAUUUAAUAAAGUCAGACAACAAUUAAUAAUAAAAGAUUUUCUGAGGAUUUAAAUAAACCUUUCAAACCUUAAUUUACACGUGUUAUCGGCGUCUAUAACUAUCUGUUUCUUAAAUAUAUUAAUUUUUCGAUAUUAUUAUAUUAUCAUCAAAAUUUCAAAUUCAAAAUUUCUUCAUAACAUACAAACAAAUAACGCAUAAAAUGUUUUUUGUUUAGUGCAUAGCAUUACCGGAAAUAAAGUAAACGAUUCUGCUUUAAAGAUUAAAAGUAUAUAAUUUUACCAUCUCCAUAGUAUAGACCUAAGUGAAAUGUUCAUUUGUUUAAUUUUUGGAAAACUGUAAUAAAUAUGCGUAAAAAGAUCUCCCAGAAAGAAAUUUUGUGAAAUAUUUUUAAUACAUACAUGAUGCGUAAAAAUAUUCGAUAUUACAUUACAUCUGAAGAGCGUAUAUUUAAAGUUGAUUACUUACGUAUUAUCGCAACCACCUUAGUAGAAAUCGCCAAAGCUUCAGAAUAUACCAGAUUUUGAUAACCCCGCCCAUAACAAUUAUUCGGGCAACCAUGCGCAGGAAAAAUAUUCUGUUUCCAACAUAGUUAGUUUCGUAUGCGUUCUUUUUGUUGCAUUCCAAGUUUCAACGGCUUUUAUAGAACAAUUAUGAUUUUUUUUUUUUUUUUUUUUUUUGUCUUAAACUUGAUUUUAAAAUUUGGGUUUAUAGGAUUUUGCUGUAAUAGUAGAAAGCGAGAAGAAAUUUCAGGAGGAAUACGUUAUUUGGUCUCAAAAUAGCUAAAGGAACAAUGCUUCGAAUUCUUUCUCACAGCGCCCACCAGCGGCCGAGCGGUAAAGUCGCUGAACACUGCUAGUUCGGUCCAGGGUUCGAAUCCCGGCAAACGGGCUGACUGCAGGGGCGCUUUCAUGUUUUCCAUGUGUAACAUCUAUACGAGUCAGUUUCCUUAGAAAUUCCCUCACAAAAGGCAUCCCUUCCCAAAGGCAGAGAGCCUUCGAAUGCUUUGCCAAAAUCAAAUAAACCAAAUCAGCUGUUCUUCUCCUUCAGUAAAACCUUCCAAACUACCUCAAGGUGGUUGCGAUAAUACGUCAGUUUAAAUAAAAUUUAUAUAAUUUUACAUGCAUGAAACGUAUUUAUCCGUAUUAUUUUCUCUUUAAAAAUUGUUCCAACAAUUAUAUAAAACAUAAUGAGCUUACGAGGACAUAUUUAAUAUGAGAUUUAAAACACAUUAAAUACUCAAAGAAUUAAAAAAAAUAUGAAGCUCCUAAAUAACAACACUCACUUGUUGGUAAAAGAAUUAUAUUGCUGCUGAUAAGAGUAAUUUUAAUCCCAAUGUACAUACGUUUCUUGCAUUUUUCAAAUAACAACUCAGAAGAAAAAUAAGAAAUUCCGCACUUUUAAGCGACAUACAUUCUAUCUUAUAAUAAUUAAAUAAUAUUUAAUCAGUAAUGAUUAUUUGUAUAACUACUUAUUAAAAGCAUAAAACUAUUGCUUCUGCUUUCAGUUUGGUUUUAAACUUGAUUUAACAGACAGGUUGGAAUUAGUCUUCUAAUGAUACAUUAACUUAUGUUCCAGAGCAAUGUAUAUAUAUAAUAUACCGAGUCUUGGAAACCAAAGAAUAUAAAUAGAAGCUCGCAAUUCUUGUGCAUAAAAAUGAUAAACUUAAUUUUGUUCUGUAUUCAUUGUGUAUACAUAUUCAGACUUUCAUGAUAAUGAAAUUAAAAUAGUAUUUAUAACUUUGACAUCAGAAAAGAGGAUGAAAAGCAAGUGGAAAUUAAAGGUCUUGGCACUUUUGCUUUACUAAAAAGAGAACUGAUACUUAAAGUUAUUUAUUAGGCUGCGUAAAAGUAUAAUAUAAACAAAAUAUCAUGAAUUAUUGCAAGCGUGGUACCUAUAGAAUGGUGAAAUUAAUUUAGUUAAAUAAAUUUAAGAAUAAAUAUUUACGAAUCAAAAAAUUAAUAAAAAAUGUGUAUACAGUCAAAAGUCUUUAAUCCGGACUCGUCGGGACUUCGGCG